AGUGCCGGGGAAUCGUGCAGUUGAUCACUCGCGUUCUAAGUGUUACGAGGAAGUGUUCUCUUCGUUGUCUUUGGGAAAGAAAAGUGGAGAGAAAAGUGUUGUGAAAAUGUGUGGAAAACUCGUGCUUUCUCUUGGACUUUUGGCUAUUUUUGUGACCAUCAGUGUUGAAGCUGUCUCGUUUGAGGAUGCCAAACAAUUAGCAACGUACUUCAGUGAGCCCUGUCGGAGGAAAUAUCGUGUUUCCAACGAGAUCAUUGAGAGCGUCAACAAAGGAAACUUCCCUGAGGAUCGGGAACUCAAAUGUUAUGCAAAUUGUAUGCUAGAAGCAACAGGAACUGUGUCCCGCGGAAGGAUCAACUACCGCAUGACAAUUCAACAAAUUGAUCUCUUCUUCCCUGAAGAAAUGAAGGACCCCGCCAAGAAGACCGUAGAUGCCUGUCGAGGAUCAGUGAAGGGAUUCAAGGACUAUUGUGAUGCAAGCUAUAGCUAUGUACAGUGUAUGUACAAAAACAACAGGAAGUACUUCUAUUUCCCCUAAAAAUGAUGCCAUACCGCAGAGCCUUGUCCAAUGCAGGAGGAACAUUAAAAAGAAAACUCAGGAUCAGCUGAAGGGAAAUUUCUUUGAGAACAUGUGGCGCAAUCUGAAGACACAGAACCGGAUAUUACGUUGUGAGAUAAUUAACUAAACAUUUUUACUAUGACUUUGUACAUAGCAAUUAAAUAACAGCUCAAUUUGAAUAAAUUAUUUAAAAUAA